GAUGCUGAUGAUAGUGCACACCGAACGCAAUGUGUCAUUGGUGCCGAAUCCGCAGAGCGUCCACAUGCUGUAGAGCAAUCGCAAACCGAACUUGAGCUGUUCGGGAGGGUGUUUCAAGUGCCAUCAAUAGUGAGACAGUUUUUUUACUCUACGCCGAUUAUAGCAAGCGUAGCGCCAUCAUCCAUUAACUAUUGUUUGUGUUGGUAUUCUGUGUGGGGUCGUGAAGUGGAGCGUUUGAGGUGUUACCAGAGGCAUGAUCAUAGGGCACACGAGUUAAGCAAAAAUGGUUUGGCUGACUUCAUCCCUAUCGGAAACAAAUCUUCCCUGGAAACCAAUUCCGCCGUCACUGGUUCGGAUGUUGAUAAGAAAAACAUGUUUAUCGCCUAAUUAUUUUGAAUUUUCAUAACAUUUCAUUUAUCAUUGGUGAAUAGAUUUUCCACGAAAUCUACGGAAGCAACCACCCAAAAUGUAGUAUAUAAAGGGUUGUGUUCGCCUCAGGAAUUCAUCAAACUUUCUAAGCUCUAGCAACGCGUAAGCAGCCAAGAUGAGUUACACCGCAUUCCAACUGGAGGUUCUCGAGCGGCACAACCAACUGCGUGCAAAACAUUCGGCAGCACCGUUACAGCUUGAUGCUGGAAUGUGUCAAUAUGCUCAACAAUGGGCCAAUCAUCUGGCAAGCAGGAAUGUCAUGCAGCAUCGUAGCAACAACAAGUACGGCGAGAACCUCUACGCCUCUUUUGGAAAGAGCAACGUCUCAGGCUACGAAGCGGUGGACUCGUGGUACAAUGAGAUCCGGUACUAUACCUUCGGUGCUGCCAACCCGUCCAACUUCUCGCAGGUGGGCCACUUCACCCAGGUGGUGUGGAAGAAGUCGCGCACUCUGGGUGUUGGAAUAGCUUCAAAGGGGACCAGUAUCUACGUCGUUUGCAACUAUGACCCACCCGGUAACUUUGGAGGACAAUAUCCUGCCAACGUAACUAGAUCUUUCUCUCAGUUUCAGCUCGAUGUGCUACGGCGCCACAACGAAUUGCGAGCCAAACAUUCUGCCAAUCCGUUACAGCUUAACAAGGAGCUAUGCGAAUUUGCGCAACAAUGGGCAAACAAACUGGCCGCCGAAAACAAGCUGCAACAUCGCUCGACGAACGAGUACGGCGAGAACCUGUACGCCUGCUUCGGACGGGCCAACUUAGAAGGACACGAUGCCGUUGACUCCUGGUACGGUGAAAUUAAAAACUACACCUUCGGUGCCGCUGAUCCGGGAAACAAUUUCUCCAACGUAGGACACUUCACCCAGGUCGUAUGGAAAGGUUCCCAGCGUUUGGGGGUUGGCACGGCUGCCAAGGGCACGAGUGUGUUUGUUGUGUGCAAUUACGAUCCACCAGGAAAUGUGUACGGUCGAUACGCGGACCAUGUGUCAUCAAAGUGAAGUGGUUAAGAUUAGAGUCUAAGAAAAAACAACGCUCAACUUAGUACAAUUGAAUGUGAAAAUCAGAUCACCUGUUUACAUGACGACUUUCCACCGGAUAAUUUAUUUGUUGCCAUCCUUUGACCUUCCUUUCGCCGUUCGAUCUCCACUGGAUGCUGCGGUUCUGAAUGUGAUGCAAUGCUUGUCGAGAAAGGCAAUCAGAUCCUAUUCGAUAAAAAUAAACUCAUACGUUAACAUAA